AUGCCCGACACCGUCACUUUCACCCCUGAAGAGAAUGAGGCCAUUCAACGGGUGAGCUGUAAAGUCCUGCUUCUUGAAGAUAUGGGAUUUGAUCGAGAUCUUGUGUUGGAGGUGUUCUUUGCAUGCAAUAAAAAUGAGGAUGUAGCAGCUAACUAUCUACUGGAUCACCAGAAUGAAUUUGAAGACUAG